AUGAGAUGUACCACCAGUUGUAAAAAUACGGUUUAUGAUUUAUUAUAUGCAAGUGAAGCGCAGGCGAAAAGUUUACAAUAUGGGCGAGACAUGGAGGCUAUAGCUCGUAAGGAAAUAGAAAAAAAUAUUGAUAAAAAAUUUGAAACGUGCGGUUUACUAAUAGAUCCAAUAAUCCCAUAUUUAGCUGCGAGUCCAGAUGGUCUCAUAGAAGACAUUGCCAUUUUGGAAAUUAAAUGUCCCUUUUCUGCCAAGGAUACAUUAAAUGCAAUAGAUGCCGUGAAAAAUAAACUUCUACAGUAUUGUAAAAUAAUCGAUGGAUCAAUUAAGCUAAAACUAUAA